CUAACUUUUAUACUUAAAAUGGAUUUAAUAAAUACAGGAGAGGAGCAGCAGCAACAACAACAAAGAACAUCAUUAACGGGCUGUACUCCUUUCAUUGUAGGUGAAAAGCCUGGGACUGCAGCUAGCAGUGACGCUAUGAGUAGACCAAGUUUAAUUUCUUCUCUUUGGUCAAUUCAAGUUCAGGUGACUUUUUUUGGAUAUAAAUUGUCGUUGAGGGGUUAUUGUACAGCUGGAUAUUUCAAUAAACACAUUACUAUAAUUUUAAGGGGGUCUGCGCAAACCCCCCAGCCCAAAAAUUAG